CCCGCAGUCCCAGUCAGUCCUGACAAUUAGAAUAAUCCCGAUGAAGUAGCCAUGGCCUCGACCUGCUCCCGCCAGCUCCUGCGAGCCCGAUACCCCCACCAUGCCCACCCCGCCCUCACACGCACGUGCGUCCCCUCGCGCACCUUCUCGUCGACGCGCACCGCCUGGGACCAGCAAAACUUCCACCGCAAAGAGUCGUUCCGCUCGCGGCUGAACUCGGCCCUCAAGGGCACCAAGAUCAAAUGGGAGCCCAUCCCCAUCGCCCUGGGCAUCGGCUUCCUGGGCGCCUUCCAGCUCUACCGCAUCCAGCGCCGGGAGAAGCACACGCAGGCCGAGGGGGAGCGCGGGGAAGAGGGCCUCGACCAGCAGGGCCGCCCCAAGAAGCGCGACAGGAUACGGCCGAGCGGGCCAUGGACAGUCCAGGUCAUGUCGACAUUGCCACUGAAAGCCCUCUCACGAGUGUGGGGGCGCUUCAACGAGAUCGACAUCCCCUACUACCUGCGCGUCCCCGGCUUCAAGCUGUACUCGUUCAUCUUCGGCGUCAACCUCGAUGAAGUCUCGGAACCUGACCUCCAUGUCUACCCCAACCUGGCCGCCUUCUUCUACCGCACCCUCAAGCCCGGUGUCCGCCCUCUUGACCCCAACCACGAUGCCGUCCUCUCGCCUGCAGACGGCAAGGUCAUCCAGUUCGGCACCAUCGAGCACGGCGAAGUCGAGCAGGUCAAGGGCGUUACCUACAGCCUUGACGCCCUUCUAGGCUCCUCGCGCCCCACGUCACCGAGCCAGAACGUGGCAGACUCGCAGAUCCGCUCCUCGACCACCCACGAAAAGGUCGGCGAGGAAGACGUCGUCCGCUCAGACGAAGAAUUCGCCCAAGUCAACGGCAUUUCCUACACCCUGCCCAACCUCUUCUCCGGACCAUGGCCCAAAGGCGGCAAGCCCGCUGAAAUGCCCUCCGACCAGUCCACCGCCCCAAAAGCAUCCUCCGAAGCCGAAGUCCGCGCCGAUCUCGCAAAGAGCGAAGCCGAGCGGCCCUGGUGGUCACCUGCGUCGACCAAAACACAGACCCAGCUCUACUACUGCGUCAUCUACCUCGCGCCAGGUGACUACCACCGCUUCCACUCACCCGUCUCGUGGGUCGUCGAGAGCCGCCGCCACUUCGCCGGUGAACUCUACAGCGUGUCGCCCUACCUCCAACGCACCAUGCCCGGCCUAUUCACCCUGAACGAGCGCGUCGUCCUGCUCGGCCGCUGGCGCUGGGGCUUCUUCUCCUACACCCCCGUCGGCGCAACAAACGUCGGCUCCAUCAAAAUCAACUUCGACCGCGAACUGCGCACUAACUCGCUCACCACCGACACAGCCGCUGAUCGCGCCGCCGAGGAAGCUGCAGCCAGGGGAGAGCCGUACUCGGGCUUCGCUGAGGCUUCGUAUGGAUCUGCUAGUCGCUUCUUGGGCGGCCAGCCGCUGAAGAGGGGCGAGGAGAUGGGCGGGUUCCAGUUGGGAAGUACGAUUGUAAUGGUCUUUGAGGCGCCGAAGGGUGAGGGACCUAGUCCGGGUGAGGGGUUGCAGGGCGAGAGACACGGCGGGUUCAAGUGGAACAUUGCGCAGGGCAUGAAGGUCAAGGUCGGGGAGGCGCUAGGCGCAGUGCAAGUCGACGAGUCGAAGUAAGCCAUGAUACCAGAGUAGUCAAGAAUCUUCUGUAUAAAAACAGUUCUCCCAUCUCGAAGAAGAAAAGACGUCCAUGUAAAAAAAAAGAUUCCCUUGAUUAUGACUAGAAAUUACUCCCCCACUCCAACUAACUAU